AUGAUGAGGGGCGCGGCGUUUCUGGCGUAUCGAGCGAUGGUGCCGGCGCGCGCAAGUGCUCAGUACAAGCGAAGUACGGAGCCCGACCGGUCGCUUCUGCUGUUAAAUGCCACUUUCGGUCACGUUACAGGCGGCCGCGCGGCGGUCAACCCGCCACCGCCUACCCGGUCUUUCGCACCCCAGGAGAGUGCAGGACUUAAGUGUGUCAAACGACCCUGA